CCCAAAACCUUUUUUCCUGUUUUGCGUUUUUGGUUCCUUCUCGUCGGACGUUGGCAAGAUCCGUCUCUGGCUUUUUUUUUUUCUCGUUCCCCCACAAGCACGUCGAGGCAGCCACAAUCGACAAGAAUCGCUGUCGUACCGGGGCGGGCUUGUCGCAUAAUUUUGUUUGAGGCCAUCUUUGAGCGUGCCCGACUCUUCCCCAUCCAGCCAACGCCAUUGUUUUCCCCGACCUUGGGCUGCUGCUGCUGCUGCUGCUCUCGCCCUCGCGUCGCAAUCCACCUUCAGCGUGCUGCCACCGCCGUCCUUCUUCGUCUCCGCCGCUGGCUCGACAGCCGCUGUCCUCCGCCUUGGGUCUCUCCACCCACCCGCCCGCACGCACGUACGCCCGCUUGCUCAACGCACACACCCACCCCCAAAGCCGCCGCCUGCGAUAAUCGGCACCCAGGUCUAGGCCCCGUUCUCCUUCGGCUCACCCUCAGCCCUGCGCACAACACAUCCAGUUCAGGUGCCCUUUCUUCUUGACGCUUUUCCGCGACGCCUGACCUCUCUGCCCUCCCUUCUCUCAUCUGCUGAACACACAGGAAAUUUUUUUUUUCUCUUCCUACUCUUCCACAGGACGACCUGAGAAUCAAGCCUUUUCCCAACGAGCCUGCGAUUCGAGGGUCUUCUGGCUACUUGGCAAAGCACACAAUGACCGCUGCAAAGGUACCUCCUCGCCUUCGGCCCACUCAGUCACCACGUGAAGUGAGCAGCGAAUUGACACUUGCAGGACUCGGUUUUGAACCGGACAUCCGCUCAGAAUCGACUGUCCGUUGGCUCGUCUGCCAGCAAUGUGUACAAAAUGCACCCGCGUCCGCACUCGCACUCCCUCUCCGUCCCGUCCAUAAAUGCCGCCCACCGUGUUACCCGCCGGAAGUCCAUGUCCUCCACCGCCGCCAAUCGUGAGGCGGCUGUUUCCGCACUCUUGAAGGAGAACCCGGCCGCCGGCGGAGACGCCGCCAGCAGACGUGGGCCGAAGGCAUCGAAAGGCACUUUCCCCGCCAGUUUGCCCGACGGCUCGGCGUUUGGACAGGCCGGCUACGACGCAAAAUACGGCAACGCAAUCACGGACACCAACUUUCUGGAGGUGCUGCCGGAGGACGUCAAGGGCGGCAGCAGCAAGGCGCGAGCGCGCCGGGCAAGCGAAGGCUCUCAUCUCCGCAAGGAGGGGAAGAGGGUGGCCGGCGGAGAAUUGAGAUGUGACACCUGUGGGAAGGGAUACAAGCACAGCAGCUGUCUCAACAAGCAUCUGUGGGAACACACUCCGGAAUGGCAGAUUACGUCUAAGCUGCUCAUUUCGAAGCAUCAGCAGGUGCAGCUUUUGGAGGCAGCAUCCGUGCUCGUGUCCAUGAACUCGGAGGCGCCCUCCGGCUCCGCUAUUGAUAGCGACGCCUCUUCGCCCGCAGCGUCUGGUUCCUCGGACCCGCAAGACAGCGAGAUGAGCUCGAUCGAAACGACCCCACCCCCGCAACUCGACGACGCCGGCUUCAGCUCCGCUGCACGCACCGAGUUCAACUCGAAGCGUUACAGCACCAACAGCAGCGCCUAUUCGCAAUCCUACCAGUCCUCCGUGUUUUCCGAGAGCGCUCCUUCCGGUCGUCCGUACAUGUCGCACCACCGCCAGUACAGCACAGACGGUCGACCGACAACUUCGGGCACCUCCGUCAACGGUGGGGAUGACUUCGAGCAUGCUGAUCUGACUGCUGCUGUUGGUCUCCUUAGCUGCAGCUACGGCACGCCAAAAAGUGGACCGGUCAUGCUCCCGCCGGACGCGCCGCCUGUUCCCCCCCUGCCAUCGCGUUUCUUAGGCUCGAAGGCAGACCAUCUGUCGCCCAGCACAUUGACCUACAACGCGUCUCAAAACUACUCGUAUCUCCGCGAAAAGAGGGAUGUUGACAUGGACGCCGAAAUGUCUGACGAGGAGCCUGAUCGUCACCGUGGUCGCAGCGAUGACGACGAUGAGGGCAUGUUUGGUAAGAUGGAAGAAUGAUCGCGACCCCAGUCGGCAACAAAAAAAGUCUACUUGGUUGUUAAAGACGAUGCCAUGCCGAUUGGUCGCAAAAUGCAAAAUGAGAGAGAAUUAAAAUACUUCCACGGCCUACUUGACCCUUCGUCGACUUGGGGUCAGCCAGUCGAACCAUCCAACGAAACCCUUACCUUUAUCCCUCCAGCUUGAAACUCCGCACUCCACUUCAACACCGAUGAGGAGAUUCUUGACGAUGAAACGUCCUGCGAUCUUCGAGGUUAAAGUCGAGGUGGUUAUAUUUUUUUUCCAGCGUUGAGUUCUCUGGACAAAGUCAAUUUUUUUUGAGCGCAAAACAUCUGAUGCUAGUAUCUUAGCCUUAGCUACAUUGUUCAUACGUACCUGAUGAAAAUGACACACUCUUUUGAAUCAUGAC